AUGGCCUUUGACAGCUUACUCGGGAACCACCCUCAUUUAUCCGAGCAGUAUAAGUACCAGAUCCUACUUGAGAGACUCAAGCAUCCACCUGCUUACCAACUGGCCAGAGCUCACAUUCAUCAUCCUCAGCCAUACACCUCAGCCAUGCAUGCAUUGACUUCACGAUACGGGCAGCCACGUCACUUGAUACAGAGUGAGAUAGCGCGCAUUCUCAACUCUGCGUCUGUUAAAGCAAAUGAUGGGGCUGCGUUCGAAGAGUUUGCUCUGGCUGUACAGUCUCUGGUCGGACUACUUAUCUCGAUAGAAGGAAGGGAUGGUACAGAAGUUAAAGCUCGUGCUCGCCGCUUGUCUCACAACACAACUUUUGCUGCUGAGUGGGACAGGAGGGAGAAGUUUGCCAAGCUGACGGUGGAGGAGAGGCGCUCUUGGAUCCGUGAAAACAGACGCUGUUGGAAGUGCUGUAGAACUCACCCUCCGGAGGCUUGUACACUGAAGAGGCCAUGCGGAGUGUGCAGCCAGCUUCACUUGACAAUUCUGCACGACACUUUGACUCCCGCCGGCCAGUCGUGUCUCAUGCCACAGCGGUGGGGUCUGGGGCCACCCUUCUUAUUCCAUGACCAGACCCACUGGCCACAAUGCCCAGUCAAGGGGAAGGAAGAGGACCUCAACGAAGUCAAGACCAACCGGCUGCUCCUCCUGUCAACUCAAACUAUGCCCCAUGCCAUAGACAUUUCCACCUGCACUACGUGGACUGAGGCCAUUGCAGCUGCGGUCCAGGUGUUGGACAGCACUUCAGAUGUCAACAGCGUCUCUAUCCCCUGCUCACCUCAGCUCACCCUGCGCAGCAUCUGCCUCUCCUACACACCAUUUGGACUGGGACACCUUCUAGUGUUCAGUGCGGCUGACAGUCGGUGCAGUGGGUGUGCAGCUCUGUGA